AUGGUGUCCCCCAAGGCCGUGGCUUCCCUGCUGGUGGUUCACGUCGUCACCCUGCUGGCCUCCCAGACAGAAGCCUUCGUUCCCAUCUUUACCUACAGCGAGCUCCAGAGGAUGCAGGAAAAGGAGCGGAACAAAGGGCAAAAGAAAUCCCUGGGUGAACAGCGGAGGUCUGAAGAGGUGGGUCCUCUGGACCCCAUGGAACUCACAGAGGAGGAAGAAGACCAAGUUAUCAAGCUGACUGCUCCCGUGGAAAUUGGAAUGAAGAUGAACCCCAGGCAGCUGGAAAAGUACCGGGCGGCAGUGGAAGGGCUGCUGAGAGAGGUGCUGCUGGACACCCAGAGCGUGAAAUUAUUGCCAGUGGACUGUGAGACAAAAACAGACGAGUUCUGUCAGGCCAAGCAGAAGGCAGCCUUGCUGGAGCUGCUGCACGAACUCUACAACUUCCUGGCCAUCCAAGCUGGUGAGUAG